AUGGUGCUACUUCUAUGCAGCCUAGCAGUGGGAUUGUUUUUUUGUGGUUACGGUGCAAGGAAGGCUAUCAGUAGUUGUAUAGGUUAUAAUAAAACAUCAACUCUCUCUAUUAACAAUACAAAAUAUUCUUAUGGAAAAGAAAAUACAAAAACAGUUGUAAUCAAAGUUAAUCCUGUGAAUAAACUUCCAAAUAAUGAAGAUGAGAAAUUUAUGAAUAAGUACUUUAUGCCUAACUGUAUUGUUUCUACUGGGUUUCCAACUAAGUAUAGACUGAACGAUAUAAUUUUUUGGAAUACAUCAAAAAUAAACUACUCUUAUUGGGGUUUGGAUUAUUUAACUAGUAGAAUAUUUGUAAUUCAUUCACAAAUAGGUACUGAAACUAGUUCUAAAGUGAACAAUUUAAACAAUGCACCCACAAUAUCCUAUAUAUCUUUAAAAUAUCCUAAUACUUCUGAAGAGAUUCUUUCUAAGGGUAAAAGCAACUUUCCUCCAUUUUGGUAUAUGGAAUGGGAAGAUAUUUCUUCAGGGUUGCUAUAUAAGCCAAUAUUUCAGCCAUGUAUAGGAAGCCUCUACACUUAUACCAGUAAAGGGAAACCCUUUUUUUUUGAUAAUUUAAAUACUGUUUUUAGUUGUAAGUUUAAGUUGAAGGCUGAUAAUAUCUCAUCAGUUGAAAUUGAUAAUGUUGCUUUUAUUAAAGUAAACCUCAAUGGUAAAGGCUCUUCUGAUAAACUGAUUCAAUUGUUCCUGCAGUUAUGUCUAUUGCGAAGUGAAAAUUUAUGGGUAGUGAGUUUCACUAGGUUUAGUAAUAAGGUAAACCCACAAUCUACCUGCAUUGAUAUGAACUCUUGGUUGUUAUAUACAAAAGAAAGUAGUUUUAUUUCAUUAGAACAUGGAAUUUGGUUUGGUAGGGACUCAAAGGGAGAGUUCCACAUUACUAAUGGAUUAUUUCAGACUGAGGUAUGCUAUCAAUCGUGGUGGACUUUAUAUGGGGGAGCUAAUUACAACCAGUUUGUGCCACAAAUUUCAAGCUAA